CGGUGUCAAGUGAGCCGUCGCUGCAUAGUGUUGGCCAUGUCGCCCUGUAGUCUAUGUCAUGUCCCCACGGGUGAAUAGUUCAUCGACGGAAGACAACCCAACAUAUAUGCAUCACUGCAGACCAACCAUCGCCGAAGCUCCCGUUUCCUCGAGCGACACUGCCCUUGUCAUGGUGGCUAUUUAUGUGACGACCAACAAUCUACCCAUAAGUCCCUAGUCGCAUCGCACUGCCUGCCCUUCGAGCGGGUCUCCUCACAAAUUUUCCUCUAUUCGCGUUCGACCAUGAGAGCAGUCGUUCUGGCUGGCGUCAUCAUGCCAGCGUAUGUCUUAGCGUAUGCUGUCGAGCAUAUAACGACUAUGCCUCCAGUAGCAAGACAACUUCCUGCUGGUCUGUCAAGUGCACGAGAGUAUCUCUCAUCCUGCGGAAAUUCCUGUACCGAUAUCGUCCAGUCCCAAUACCAGAGCGCGCGCCUGGAUAUAAAUCCGGAUGACCAAUACUGCAACAACUACGGAAACACCCCAGGAGAAGGUGCAUGCUAUUGCGGCAACUACCUUGAUGAUGGACGUCGUGUAUCAUCCCUCUCCGCUUGCAUAGUGAACACAUGCACUGAAGCCCCGAAAGAUGUCCUGGACUUCAUUGAUGUCACGGGCCAGUUCAUACCUCAGAUGACCGGACAGCUCAACCUGCUGUGUCCCAAUAGUAUCAAUGCACUCGCGUUUACCGGGGACGUGCAACCUCCUUCGUCUGCUAGCGCCACCAUCACAUUUAGCUCUACUUCGAAACCCACUUCAAAGCCGAGUUCGAGUUCUGCUACGCCUAGCUCAUCCAGUUCUUCUACUGUGUCGUCCACGUCCACAUCCACGUCCACGACUGCAUCGUCGACUUCGACUGCGUCACCCACAUCCUCACCGGACUCUGCAGCAAAGAUGCCUGUUCUCAUAGACUCAGUCUACCUCGCUACCGCGCUCUGUGGUGUGAUCAUGGCUGUUACGGCGUAUAUGCUUUAGGUUCUCCGUGCAGCUCGGUGAAGUUGUGUGGUCCUUAGCAACAAAGACUUUUUGAUUUCCGUCUGUUAUGAAAUUCCAUUUAUAUG